AUGCAAGGAAAACCUAAUGUUCUGCUCGUGGGAGCAGGAGGAGUUGGAACCAUUGUCGCUUACGGAAUCGAUUACGUCAGCAAGUCGAACUUAUCAAUCGUGGUGAGACGUGAUUAUGAAAAGGUAAAAGAUGCAGGAUACGCCAUUCAAUCUGUUGAUUAUGGAAAUAUUGAGGGUUGGAAGCCUCAAAAUAUUUAUCCCUCUGUCGAAUCGGCUGCUGUUCCAGGCGUUACGUAUGAUUUCAUUAUCCUAACAACCAAAAAUCUGCCAGACAUUGUAAAACUAGAGGAGCUCAUCGAACCUGUGGUCACAUCGGAAAAAACGGCCAUCGUGCUAAUGCAAAACGGGUUCGACCUCGGCCGCCCAUUCAUCAAAAAAUAUCCUAAAAAUGUGAUAAUCUCGGGCGUAUCGCACAUUGGUUCACACAACUCUAAUGGCGUCAUCCACCAAACACAGAAAGACAAAUCACUCGUCAGUUAUUUCGAAAAUCCGAACCUCUCUCAAGAUGUUCAGGAAUCGAAGACACACGAAUUCAUUACUUUGUACUCUAACAAGUGCAAUAAUUGUUCUUAUUUCGCUGAUGCCAAAUGGUACAGAUACAGAAAGCUUGUCUACAACGCUACCUUGAACACGGUCUGUGCUUUAACUGGCGUCGACACCGGAAGACUUGAUCUGGCAGGUGGUCUCGAAUCUGUCUCCAUUCCUGCAAUGAAAGAAGUUAUUGCCGUCGCUACGGCCGACGGCGUGGAGUUGCCUAAAGAUGUAAUCAAUUCUGUGGUGCAUUCUGAUGAUGGCGAUUGGUUCGAGCCCUCUAUGCGUGUUGAUGUUAAAAAGGGAAAUCCAAUCGAACUUGAAGCCAUUCUAGGAAAUUUACUGCAGGUUGCGCGAGAGCUGAAUGUAGAGGCACCUGUCUUAAAUGUCCUUUACAAUCUUCUAAAGGUCGUUCAGUUCCGUUUGAAAGAGGGCCAAGGCUUGAUAACACUGCCAAAGGAACGUCCAAUCUCUGAUAAAAUUUAUAAGUAG